CGCCUCAGAUUCCUUUCUUUUCCAUUUUUAUGUCUCUCUCUUCCAUAUUUCGUAUGUCAGCUGGUGGGUCAGUGUGUGUUUCUUUUGUCAGGAUUCUCUUGCGCUGCCUAGAAAAUAAAGAAUUUUGAGUACUGCCCCCACAUACCAAAUUAAAGAGAAGAGCGCAGAAUCUCUUCCAUUCUUUUAUAUUCUCUCACUCACUCUCUUCUCCAAUAUUUCCUGCUAUCUUUCUUUGCUUUUCAUAUGAAGACGGUCAUGGAUUCCUCCUCCUCCAGAAGACAUUUCCACUGGACCCAGAAGGUAGGUAGUGAAGAAGAAGACGAUCAAUGCCCCCUCCCAACUCUCAAGCCCUCCUCCGAACCGGCCGAGCUUGAAGAAGUGAAGAAAAAAAACAGAGUCGUCUCUCCAGAGCCGCAGUCGCAGCGACCGCAUACCGCAGCCCAACCACAAAGGAGGAAGAUGCCGGCCGUUGCAGUUGCGCGGUUGCGUUCGGUUCUCACGGUUUUUGCCAAAAAUCGGUCGACCCUUUCACCAGGACUGGGUUCUCGGGUCAUUGGAACCCUUUUCGGCUCUCGGCGUGGCCAUGUUCACUUCGCAUUUCAAAGAGACCCUAACUCGGAACCUGCGUUUUUGGUAGAGCUUGCGACGCCUAUUAGUGGCUUGGUUAAAGAAAUGGCGUCUGGGUUAGUCCGAAUUGCGUUGGAAUGUGAUAAAGAGAAAGAAGGAGAAAAGAAGGCAGUGAGACUUCUAGAACAGCCUCUCUGGAGGACUUUUUGCAAUGGGAAGAAGAGUGGUUUUGCUACAAGGAAGGAUUGUGGGGUUAAAGAGAUGAAAAUCCUCAAGGCCGUGGAGCCAAUUUCCAUGGGUGCGGGUGUUCUACCAGGAAACUAUGAAGCCGAGUCCGAAUCCGCUGGAGCUGAAUCGCCUGAAUCUGAAGCCUGUUCUGAUAAUGAAAUUAUGUACAUGAGAGCCAAAUUUGAGAGAAUUGUGGGUUCUAGAGAUUCUGAAGCUUUCUAUAUGAUGAACCCAGAUAGCAAUGGAACUCCUGAACUCAGUAUCUAUCUUCUUAGAGUCUAAUUAAGUUGCAGCCAUGAAAGCUCUGGGUCUUGCUCAUUUGCAAAAGAAUUUAGUCAAGCCUUGAUGGAGCCUAGCUAGCUACAUUUCUCCAUAACCUUACUUUUGUUUUUAAUUUUCCUUUUUCCUUUCUGAUCUUUUGGGAAAAUGGUUAGUGGGUUUAUUGUAUUUUGUUAGAGUAGGUGGGGGGGGCAAUACAUUAUAACAUGAUGGGAGGAGGGGCCAUGAAGGUGUAUAUGUAUAGUUUUUUGUUCAGUCCUUUAUAUUUGAUAAGACAAGGUGGGUGUUGCAAUCAAAUGAUUGUCUUUGCAUUUUGGUUAAAUCCUUCUUGUUUGCCAAUAACAGAGACUCCCCAAUCAACAACAUGUUUACAGGAGCAAAAGAAAGAGGGAUUUAAAUCAAUGCUAUUACUUAUUGCAGGCAAGUGCUUUUA